UAACUCAGAGGCUCAUGGUUCACCUAGAAUGCUUCCAGCCUCGCUGAUUCAUUCCGAGGUUUGGCUGCAUCAAGCACACCUGUUUCAGCCAUUUCUGUUCCAACCAUUGCCACCACAAUGGCUGGCACAGCGCGGUCCGCUCAGCGCCUAUCACGGGCUUUCCACAUAACCCUUCAAUCUCCACCGAUCUUUUCCCAUCUGAGCGGAUUUCGUCCGCUUAUCGAUUUCGUUAGUCCAGGCGAGGCCGUGAAUGCUCCCGAGACGCGUCUGAACUCCGAGCUGCUUGACACAAACCACCGCUCCGGCUUGAGCCGAGCGCACUCAGACGCGUCGACCUUAAUUUUACUCAACCGUAUUCGCGCUCAGGAGCAUCUAUGGCGCGUUCGCGCGGACGCUGCGCGAGUGCUCGUCUCGCGGUGUGCACCGAGCAGCGCCGCUGCCAGUGGUGCCUCCGCUGGGUUGCACUGGCGCGCGGGCGCAAGCGGAAGGGUAGGCGGCGGGGGAUUUCCGCGCGGAUGGGCGGAGCUGCACCGGGUGGGAUUCGCGUGGGGGGAGCCGCGCAGAUUUCUGCACAAGAUUGCGGUGGAAGAGGAGACGCCUGCACACAAGUACCGCAUGACAGCAGCAGUGGAAGGGGGCUUCUCGUUUACCAGUGACUUGGCCCCGACCAAUGGUGUUGGGGGCACAGCACCCACCCCCAUGGACUAUGCAGCGGCAGCAGUUGCCAUGUGCACAGCCACCACUGUCAGAUUAUACGCGGACCGGAAGCAGUGGUCUCUGACUCACAUCGCUGUUACGGUGGAACCAACCACCCCGUUACCUCAUGGAAGGUUACCGGAAGGCCUACGCUUGUUGUUACGCUUAGAAGGACCCCUUUCUGCAGAACAAAAGGAGAGGCUUCUGGAAAUUGCCGGUAAAUGCCCAGUGAAGCAAAUGAUGCUUGGUAAAAUGCCUCAAGCUAUAAAGACGACUCUUGUUGACACCUAAUUCAAAACCCCCUGUGCUUGGGCACGAGAUCUUGGUACGGCUUGAAUUGUGUUUUGUAAAUACUAGGUGGAGAAGCUACAAGUAUUGUUUCCACCUUUGCACUUCAGUGUAUGGUGAGAAAGGCCUUCCAUCACCAGGAACCACCACGCCACCACGCCACACCACCUAUCUCUCCCAAGCAGCGUAUCGAGCCUUGGUUAGACAUUCCAUGCUUUGCAAGACGGACAUGAGACAGGACAGACACAGGACACAGGACACGGGACACGGGACACGGGACACGGGACAAGGGACACGGGACACGGGACACGGGACACGGGACACGGGACACGGUGUCAA